CGCGUGGUUCGCUUUGGUUUAACCUGAUCGGCGGUUCGCGUACCAAAGAGGCGGAAAAAAAAACAAUAACAAACGAAAAAAAUUGAUUCGAGUUAACAAUCGGGUAGUAACAAUGAGUCGUGAUGGUUGAGUGUUAAAGUGUGAAAAUAAUCUGGAGUUUGCGGUGGCUGCGGGGGUGAAUGCAACAGUGAAUCUGCAAAUAUGUGUUUAUCCGAUCUUUGAGUGUGUACGAUCGGUUGACACGAACAAAAUAUGGCCCAAGAAACUGACGACAUAAAUCUCACUCCCCAGGAGCUGCAGAUCCUCUCGGAAUUGGACAGCCGACAAUUUGGCUUCUUGAAGCUGAAUUCUCUCGAGCAAGCGAAGAAAAAAUCCCUGGUGGUACGUGCAAUAAAAUAUUUGGAGAGAAUGUUGGUUCAGGCUCAGUCUGAGAAGCAGAAAAGAAGGGCUGAUAGUACUAAAGGCGGUUACGACGAGUCCAAAGACGAUGAUGAGGAUAAAGGCAUCAGCAUUGACCCCAAAACAUACUGCAAGCUCGGCCAUUUUCAUCUGCUCCUCGAGGAUUACGCGAAAGCUAUGUCAGCGUAUCAGAAGUUCUAUGCACUGAAAGGGGAUCACUGGAAGGACGCAUCCUUCCUCUAUGGCCAGGGUCUUGUCUACUUCCACUUCAACGCCUUCCAAUGGGCUAUAAAAUCGUUUCAACAAGUACUAUGGGUGGAGCCAGGAUUUCCUCGUGCCUGCGAAGUGCAUUUUCGUCUCGGUUUAAUGCUCAAAGUCCAUGCUGACUUUGAAGCCGCAUUAAAACACUUGACAUUAGCACUUAUCGAUGCCAGUACUCCUGCCUCAUUCUCAAAACUCGAGAUUAAAUUUCACAUCGCCCACUUGUACGAGGUCCAGGGUAAAUAUCGCCUGGCUAAAGAGAACUACGAGACACUGCUGAAGGAGAAGGCCCUGCCAUCCCACCUGAAGGCCGAUAUCUGUCGUCAGUUAGGAUGGAUGUACCAUGUGGUUGAUUGUGCAGUGCUUGGUGUAACUAGACAGCAGAAACAGACAUUUGCCAUCCACUGUUUGCAGAGGUCCAUUGAAGCUGAACCCAAGAGCGGACAGAGUUUGUAUUUGUUGGGCAGAUGUUUGGCUGCUUCUGGGAAAGUUCAUGAUGCUUUUAUCGCCUACAGAAACUCGGUUGAGAAGUCCGAAGGGAAUGCAGAUACCUGGUGCAGCAUAGGUGUUCUCUAUCAGCAGCAGAAUCAGCCUAUGGAUGCACUACAAGCUUACAUAUGCGCUGUGCAAUUGGAUAAGUCUCAUUCAGCAGCUUGGACGAAUCUUGGAAUUUUGUACGAGAGUGUCAGUCAGCCAAAAGACGCCCUCGCCUGCUACGUCAACGCAUCGAGGGGAAACAAUAAUACACCGUGUUCGACUAGUCCGCUGGCAGGACUUGGUGGUGCUAAGUCGAGUGGCAACGCACCGAUGAACCCAUCCCUCCAGCAACGAAUAAAUUUUCUCCAGAGCCAUUUGAGUCAAGCACCAAUGCCAUCAAUAGCAGCUAAGAGACGGCAACUGCCGUCAAUCGAAGAAGCGUGGAAUCUGCCAAUAAGUGCAGAAAUGUCGUCUCGUCAGCAGCAACAACCAGCCCCCAAUACACCAGGGUAUAAAUACACAACACCACCUGCUGGUCCACCACCCCCUUAUCCCCAGAAUCAACAGCAAAAUGUGAAUAAACGUUUCAAGCCUGAGGAUCAGCUGUCACCAGGUGGUGCACAACCACAAGCACAACAGCGUCCACCACCUUUUUAUCUUAAUCCACAGCAGUUACAGAUGCUACAGUUUCUCCAGCAAAAUCAUAGCAAUUUGUCGCCACAGCAACAGGCACAUUUACAACAGCUACAGCUGCAGUACAGAUCGAUGCAGCAGCACCAGCAGCAAUUGAGAUUGCAGCAGCAGGCUGCAUUGCAGAGAGGAUUGAGACCAGGUCAGCCAGGUUUCCCCACGGGUUACGGUCCCCCUCAGCCCCCACAACCAGGUGUAAUAAAGAAUUACGGUAUCCCCCAGCAGCCCCAGGGUGGUACAGUGGCUCUGCAGACGGGUUUCACCGAUUCAAAUACGUCUUAUAAUACUCCAGCCACUGGAAAUGCCCAGUCAACCCCAGGUAUGCCCUACAAAUCUGCCUCAGAGCAGACCUUUCCCCGUCCACAAUUCUCCCCCUACCAAUCCAACCAGUACGCAGCCCAGGGCUAUACACAAAUUACAUCAACAACGAGUAGUUAUCCAGAGGGAGCAGCAGGUAACAAGGAUCUGGGUGUAACUGACCAGGAGCUGACAGCCCUACUAUCCCAGAAAGAUAUAGCUCGAUCUCUGGCUGAGGAUCUCCUCAAGCACUUUGGCUCUGAGGAUCUUGAUCCCAAGGACACAUCAAAACCACCAAUUCUGAAUAAUGGUACUCUAUCCUCAGGUCCAUUCUCUCCCUCGAAUCUCGACGAGGAAAAAAUAAAGGAUGUCGUGAAGGAAGUGAAAGUGGAGAAACUCGAGCCCUCGGAGAAGCCUGUGAUUGCUACUAAAUCCCACCCAACAGAGACGAUAAAGUGCGAGGCAACAUCCAGCACAAAUAAAAUAGAUUCUCGUCCUGAGCCUGUGCUGAAGCUCGAGAGCCUCUGCGAGAGCCCGGUGGAGCCAGAUUUCUCCAUCGACAUGGACUCAAAAACGCUAAUCGAGGCCUGCAGGGGUCAGGGCCUCAAGGGAGUACCCAAUUGCUCGAUUCUAUCGGAUAGAUCACCGCCACCAGCACCUCCAGACGCUCCCUCUCAACGUCUUACCAAGGAGCAGCUUUCACCACCAGCUCCAAGUGUAUAUCUUGAGAAUAAGAAAGAUGCAUUUAGCCCACAGCUUCAGGAGUUCUGCCUGAAGCAUCCCAUUGCUGUUAUCAGGGGUCUGGCAGCUGCUUUGAAGCUCGAUCUAGGUUUAUUCUCCACGAAAACCCUCGUCGAGGCUAAUCCUGAUCAUGGAAUCGAGGUGAGGACGCAGAUGCAGCAGACGAGUGACGAAAAUUGGGAUCCAACGCAGGCUAAAAAGGUGUGGGGAUGUAUCAGCCACAGGAGUCACACGACAAUAGCUAAAUAUGCUCAGUAUCAGGCGUCGAGUUUUCAGGAUAGUCUCAGGGAGGAGAGAGACAAGGCACAGGGAAUUCACUCAGCCAAUUUAUCGGAUUCUGAUUCAAAGGACUCAACUGGUGUUGUUAAACGAAAGAAAAAUGCUUAUGGCCUGCCUGGUAGGCCUGGCUCUAAGAUGCUAAGGUUUGGAACUAAUGUUGAUUUGUCUGAUGAACGUAAAUGGAAGUCACAGCUCCAGGAACUCAUGAAAUUGCCCGCGUUCGCCAGGGUCGUGUCCGCUGGAAAUAUGUUGAGUCAUGUGGGACAUGUAAUCCUGGGAAUGAACACGGUGCAGUUAUACAUGAAGGUGCCAGGUAGCAGGACUCCCGGACACCAGGAGAAUAAUAAUUUUUGUUCAAUUAAUAUUAAUAUUGGACCCGGCGAUUGCGAGUGGUUCGCAGUGCCUGAUGCAUAUUGGGGGGUUAUUCAGGCACUCUGUGAGAGGAAUAAUAUCAAUUAUCUGCAUGGUAGCUGGUGGCCCUCGCUGGAGGAUCUUUAUGAGGAGAACAUUCCAGUUUAUAGGUUUGUUCAGAGACCUGGGGAUCUCGUGUGGGUGAAUGCUGGGUGUGUCCACUGGGUGCAGGCUGUGGGAUGGUGUAAUAAUAUCGCGUGGAAUGUGGGGCCUUUGACAGCGAGACAGUAUCAACUGGCGAUCGAGAGGUAUGAGUGGAAUAAACUCCAGAGCUUCAAGAGUAUCGUGCCUAUGGUGCAUCUCUCCUGGAAUCUGGCGAGAAAUAUCAAAGUAUCGGAUCCUCGACUGUUUGAAUUGAUCAAGAAUUGUCUGCUGAGGACCAUGAGGCAGUGCUGCUUAAUCCUAGAAUUUGUGAAGAGCAAAGGGGUCGAGGUGAGAUUCCAUGGACGCGGGAAGAACGAGGCGUCGCAUUACUGCGGACAGUGCGAAAUCGAGGUCUUCAAUAUUCUUUUCAUACGAGAGCAGGAGAAGCGUCAUGUUGUCCACUGUAUGGAUUGUGCCCGCAAGCAGUCACCAUCGCUUGAGGGUUUUGUAUGCCUCGAGGAAUAUAGAAUGCGUGAUUUAAUGGAGGUGUACGACGGUUUUUCCCUGCACACGUCAAUCACACCAGCUCUGGCAGUGGCCCAGUCGAGUCAGGCCUCCUGAGGCUACAUGCAGCACAGAUACCUAGACUACCUGGGGACACUCCAGUGAAGCCAACGUUCCAAUGGGAAUUCAUCCGGUUAUCUGUGUUGUGUGAGUGCUAGAGAGUGUACAGAAACUUGAUAACUAGUUUUCAUGGACAAAAAAAUGUUAAUGAGAAUUUUUCACAUCCCAGGGAAUUCCCAGGACCAUUUUGAGCUCGACUGUGUCCCUUUUAGUUAGAUACAUUUGUACAGAAGUCUAUUAGUUUAAUUUUGAGGACCCCAGUCGAGAUUGAUGGUCCAUUAAUAAUUUCACUGUCACUGGGAACUUUUUGGGGAUUUAUUCAUCGAAUGAACGGUGGAUCAGUUUUUUUUUUGUCGUUUAGUUUCACUGCCAAUUGUGAAUAAUUCAUGUUUAUGAUAAUGAACGUGAGAUGUUUGUGCAAAUUUAUUGCUCAAAGUGUGGGGAAAAUUAGAAAAGUGUCAGUAGAUGAAAACGAUUUUUAUCUGAGAGUUUUGUAGGAAAAUUAAGGAAGUUCGGGAUUUGGCAUUUCCGUGCUGAUUUAGCUGCCUGCAGUCGACCAGAAAUCAUGUUUUUUUUUUUUUUUUCAAUCGAUAUUUCAUCGGAGAUAUUGUUUCACGGAUAAAAAAUAUUCUGGCUCUGGGAAUCGAAGAGACAUAUUUUUACAGUUUUUGAUACACAAAUGCACUUGUUUUUCGUACAUGUGAGAGUAGAUCGGAGAAGUUGGGAAAUUAUUCUUCAUCAUCUAUGAGGAAAAAAUUCGUGAAAAUUGAGGAGUGACAGUCGUUUUAAAAAUUAUCAUAUUACUUGGCAUAAUAAACACCAAUUAAACUGCUAUUGUGAUGAGAAUCGAGAAAUGAUUGAGAUCAUUUCCUCAAGCUAGACAAAUUAGUCAGUAAUUAAAAGUUCGUGAUGGCGCGCUAAUCAGAUCAUAAAAGAUUUUUUAUAUUUGAGAGGGGAUUAAUGGGCGAGCAGCAAGUAAUGAUCUCAAACGCACGUACAUUGGCAGGUCAAUGCAUAAUUAGUUUUUUUUUUUUAAUCAUAAGGAUAUCCCACACCUGUCAAUGUAUUCGGAACUGAUUUGACAACUUGAGUAAUUCGUUGAAUAGAUAAUGUAAUAAAUAUUGAAAUUAUAUUUAAAUGUAAAGGUUAGACUUGUAGGUAAUGAAAUUGAUCAUAACAAUUUAAUGAAUAUUUUAUUUCUGCUUUCUUUUUUUACUCGAUUCUUGGGAGGUCCAAUGUUUUUUGGUUUUUCGAGGAUUUUUUUUUUGAGUUUUCAAAAUGGAGAGGCGAGAUUUUCCAAGGAAAUAAUAUUUUAGAAAUGAUUUUCACUCAUUCCUCAUCAAUUGUGGACUUUUUUUUUAAUUUCUCAAGAAUUGUGGGAAUUAUUUCAGGAACGAAUUAAUUUAGGAAUUAAUGAAAUGCAGAUUUUCACUGAUUAGAUUCGCCUUCUCCAUUUGAAAAACUCUCUUCGUGAUUGUAAUUACCAUAUAGUUCGUGCUAGCCAAAUGAAUCUGGAAUAAAAUAAAAGGUGUACAUAAACAGUAGAAUUGAAAUGCAAAAAUGCAUUUGAAAAAUUCAAGUCUCGUGGAAUGGCAUAUUUUGAUAAAAUGAAAAAGAAAAAAAAAAGUAACCCAAGACCAAUGAGGUUCAUAAACUAGAAACCAAAGGUUGGGAAUAAAAUAAAGAAACAUAUUUUCGCUAAUCACUGUACGAACAAUUGAAUCUCAUCAUUCUUUUUCUACGGUAAUAAAAAUGAAAAUAAAAAAACGUAGGAAGAAUAAAACCGAAUAAUCUAUAAAUAAAAGAAAAUUAUUUUUCACCGAACGAGGAAAUAUACAAGAUCCUAUAUUUUCGAAUUCACUCAAUUAAUUAUAGAUGAAACUAGCAGGGCCCUAGAACCUCAUACUUGUAACUCAAAUCGAUGGAUUAAUCACGAAGCUACGGUCAUCGAUAAUUAUCGAGAAUAAAAAAAAAA